GUGAGAACGACGUCGCAAGGGAACCCAGCAGAUCGCGACAACUUCGACAUAACGUCUGCCACCUAUCGGCACAUCGCGCGCCUCAACGCACUGCGCAGGGCGUACUUCGCCGGUUUCGGGAGUGCCGCCUGCGAUCAAGUCGGAACACCGCUGCCUCAAAUCGAGGACCUCCUGAUUUUUUGGCGUGGAUGCGAUGUCCAAGGCCGUGUAACGGUCGUCGCCAACUUUCACACGGAGGAGCCUCGAACAGCAAGUUUCUAUUCUCCCUGGGACGAGGGCACGAAGCUCAAGGACGCGCAGGAAGACUCCAGCCUGGAGGUUGUGGUGCAGAGCAGUGGCUUCAUCUCGCUGCUGGUAGCGCCGCUGCAAGCCAUGAUCUUGGUGUCCGGAGCCCGGAAUUCCCGCCCCUGUCGCGUCUGA